AGAAUAAUUGUGCAUAGAAAUCUGAAAGAAAUUUCUUACAGGAUGAGAUUGAAAGGCCUAAUUGAAGGGGCUGUAGAUCAUCAGGGAGCUGGCAUGGCAGCUAUCGGAGGUGCCGGUGAAACUCUGUUUGAAGUUCGGAAAAGGAUCCUGAACACACGAGAAAUUAAGCUGAAACACAUGUUGGAGAAACUACGCAAUCAGAGGACACUUUUGCGUAAGAAACGCCAUAAACUUGAGUAUCCAGUAAUUGCUGUUGUUGGAUACACAAAUUCUGGUAAAACUUCUUUGAUAAAGGCUCUGACUGGAGAGAGAGAUUUGGAACCCAAGGAUCAUCUUUUUGCUACAUUAGACGUAACAGCUCAUGGUGGUGAAUUGCCAUCUCGUCUGAAGGUGCUGUAUGUGGAUACAGUAGGCUUCAUUUCCGACAUUCCUUCCCACCUCAUUGAAUCGUUUGUGGCUACAUUAGAGGAUGCUAUGCUUGCA